AUGGAUUUAUUCUAUGUUCUCGCCGAUGCUCUAUUUUCUAAUAGCACUGAUAUUACUCGUGAAAUCCUUGCAGUAGUUGUAAAAAUUCUUUUAGACGAUCGCUUCGCCAGUAGUGAAAAUGACCCGUUUGACUGUCAACUUACUGUCCAACUGAUUAAUACAUUUACAAAUAUUACCAACUUUUCCGAUGAAAUUCAAAUCGAAAUUAUGAAGAUUUUACUGGCUGCGACUUGUUCUCUGAAUUGUCAACUGCAUGGAGAAGAAUUGAAGAAAGCAGCUCAGGUUAUCGAUAUAAUACAGAAAAGAACUGAUAACGAUAGAGAAUUAGAAUCUACUGCUACUGUUGACUUAAGCAAUAUCAAUGUUUCAUCUGAUGAUGAUAAAGCCACCGUUCAACAAGACGAAAAUCCUGAACCAACACAAAAUGGUAGUGCUGUUGCUAGUGCUGAUAGCGUAACACCAAUUGGGACAGAAUCUACAAAAUUCGAUGAGAACAAGCAUGAAAUUACCUCCGAUAGUUGCGACGCUGAAAAUAACAAUAAUUCAGUUCGUGAUUUAGAUGCAACUAUUCUUUCGGAAAAUAAAGAAAUUCAGGAACAGUCUCAAUCAUCCAACGAAAUACAAGUCAAUGAUAGUGAUGAAAAUAGUUGUAAAUCCCCAUCUGCAGAAUCUCUAAAUACCGUAGAAGGAGAAAAUGAAAUUGUAAAUACUACCGGCGAUUCCGAUCACGAAACGAUAGUUGAAAUUAAAAUAGCAGAUAAAGAAUCGCAGGAUGUUAACACUACAUCAUCUGAUACAGAUGAAAUUAUUGUACAAGAAGAAAUUUCUGUUCUAAAGGAGGAAGAAGACGAAACUAAUCCCAGCAAUAAUGUUAACGAACCUGACGAUAACUCAUGCCCUAGUGAAUCUCAAAAUGAUAAUGAAGGCGAAAUUGGAGAGUCCAGCAAUUUGGGCAUUUCGGAAAAUAGUGACGAAAUUUCUCACGCUAUUAGUACUGAUGACAGUGAAAUAUUGAAAUAUGAAAAAGAAAGUGAUGAUGUCGAUCAGAAAAAAAUACCAGAUGAUAACGUAGAUACAGACUAUAAUUCCGCCGAUGCUAUAACCGAUAAAUCUACGGAAUCUACUGAUGCAAAAGUGACUUCAAAUGAUAAAUCGAUCAGUUUUACUGCUGAAAGCGAGCAAACUGAUGUAAAACCCAAUAAUGAAGCAACAGCAUCGACACCUGCAACUCCUUUACCUAAGAAAGGCAAGAAAACCGUAUCAUUUGACGAUGAGGUGGCUGGUGCAGCAGCAGCAAAUACAGAUAAAGUACAUAAUGGGAUUAAUAUUUCCAUUUUAAAAUCCACUGGAAGUAACCAUACACGAGCAGCUCAAGAAGCAAAGUUCAGCUCUUUCGCUAGCAACCAACAAGCAAAAACCAACGAUUAUAAUGAUACUUUAUCCGAUUCCAUUCAUGUCAUUUUAAGAACCUCACCAACAGUCUUAGAAAAUUAUAAAAGCUUUGUUAAUGUCGUUUGGCAACGAUUAUCGCCGGCAUUAAUAUGCGUUUUAGGUCUAACACCUCAAUCAUUUGGUCUAAAAUCCAGCCAACAGACAAUGUAUAUCUACAAUAACAGAACCUGUUAUAAAAUUGUGGAGGAGCUAUUAAAACAUACCAGAUCGAUUCCCUCUCUUCGUCCAGUUUUAGAAUCUAUCUUUUAUCAUAUGUUAGCUUUCCCUCCACCUAAUCAGAGAUUAGAGCAACUAAAAGCGUUAAAAUCGCUAUUUGCUUCACCAACUCGUCUACUUGAUAUCACGUUGCCUGUACUCCAACAAUAUCGAAAUAACUCGAUUACAGAUAUCAAAGAAGACAAGGCCAUAUUAGGGCUACUAAAACUGUGUCUGCAGAGUGCUGUGGAAGCUAGCGAGAGUGGCGAUUUGGCUAGUUUACAAACAAGCAUUGAAUGUGUUUGUGCACUUCUGGAAUCGACAGAAGAAUUAAGCAAAGGUUCAUUGAUGUCAGAAAGCCUUCUUCAGUAUAUGGAAAAAACUUUAAGCCAUUUAUCAUCAAGCAAAGCUAUACCUAUCAAGUCUAAUGAAUCAGAGAUAGCUCAAAAAUUAAAAGCUGUGGCAGCAGAAUCACAACAUACCCCUCAAGAUAAAGAAAAGGAGGAAAAUUUAGCGGCGGAGAAAUCGAAGGUUGCAAAAUUAGAUAUGGAACCCCAUAGCAUCACAGAUAUAGCAAAAGAAAACAACGAAGUUAAAUCUGAAGCUAGUGAACAGCAAUUCAAUGUUGAAACAAAUGAAGAAAAAAUCUCGGAAAGCGAUCAGGAAGAUAUUACUGAUAAAAAUAUUGAUGAACAAAACAUUGAAAUUGACGAAUCUUUACAAGAAGAGGAUGUCAUAGCUACCAGCGAUAAUGCCAACUUAGCUGAUCACCCAUCGGAAGAUAAUAAUCCAAGUACCAAUAGUGAAAUCCAACCUAUUUCAGCGAUCGGUGAAGAAGAACGAGAUGCAAUUGUAAAACAAUUGUCCGGCAAAUAUUUAGAAUCAGAAAGCAACUCGCCAUUAACACAAAUUAUGUCACCGAGUAUGGAAAUAAAUGAAAAAGAAAGCGUACAAAAAUUUCUUAGUUGUUUAAUGGAGAUCUUACCUCAUAUUUUGCGCUUAGAUAGUUUAACAGAUGUAGAUACUAUGUUGCAACAAUUUUCAUCAAGCAUUUGUAGCAUCUUAAGUAGUCCAAAGGGGAAGCAACAACAAUCAUUCCCCAAUCAAAUUAUUCGUGAUGAUGAUGACGAAAAUUCAUCAUUGUGCUCGGAGAAAAGAUCUAGUAAACGCCAAGCUAAUGACCUUACUCCUUCUUAUGCGGAUAAUAUUUAUCUUGCCACAUAUUCUGUUUUGUCCUUAUGUUGGAAAUUGGAUAUGAGUGGCUAUUACAGAAGCCUGAAAUUAAAUCAAGAACGUACCCCCAUAGUAUCUGAGGCUGAAUUUAUAAAAAGUACAGAAGAGAAUAAUAACGCUAUCCCGCAGCUUCCUACUUCAUGGCUAUCGGAGCUUUACCAUCGAAUACUAUCAUUUAACAUAUUAGAAACUGCAGGCUAUGAUAAGAGUUUCGGCAACCCUCAUCUUAUUAGGCUAAUUAAGGAGGAUAGUGUUGAAAGGCGCUUAAAACAAUUGAAAACUCUUGAAGAUGAUCGUUUGAUACUUUUUGAAUUAGGAAGAAAAUUAGCUCGCAGCAUACUUACUACAGUUUGGGACCAUAUCAUGCAAAUUUUAAUUGCUCCAUUAACUGUCCCAAAACCAAUAACUGCGAAGACGAUGGUUAGCAUGGUCCUAAGCAAUUAUAAAGAACACCACCUAAAAGAGCGCCAACUAUUAACGUUAAGUUUAGAAGAAAUUAGCCGAGCGGCUCGUUUAAGCUGUUUCCUAGGAAUGCCGGAGAACUUUGCCUCUGUAGCGUCUAAAUUAGUUGAUGCUACCUGUGAAGCUUUCAGUGGAUCUGGAGGAUGGAAAAACAAGAUAUUCAGUACCAGCACUAAUCAUAGCUCCUUCAAAUUAUGGACUUCUCAAGUACUUGGAAUUGAUACGGUUAUAUCAUUAGCUUUUGAGCUAGGAACCUUUUCAUACGAAAGUUGGAAUCACAUAUUUAGAUGUUCGGCCUUUGUUGCACAAUUGGAUAAUUUGUAUUCAACAAGUCUAUCAAAUAUCAGUUUAAGUAAUAGUUCAGACAUCGAUGGUAGCAUGACAUUUACAGCGACAGACGACAGUAGUGAUGGUAAAAGCACUAAAGAACUAAUACAACAAAUAGAAAAUCAGCAUGGUAUUUCAUCGCAAGGAUUAAAUUGGAAUGAUGCGGCUAAAAUCGUUAAAAGUAUUAUGAUGUCAAUUGAGCGAUUAUUUGAGGAAGCAGCAAUCCAUCUUGACGCUAAUGGGCUUCUUUCAUUCGUUAAAACGUUGUGCCAGGCAUCUCAACAACAAUUAUUUAGUAUCAGUGGCUCUGCGUGUACCAAUGAUGGCCAAUAUUUAUUGCGAUGUACACAUAUUAGUGGCCGUCCAUUAGCUCAUUUAAUGAAAGCCUGGUAUGAAGUUGCACCUCAUUUUGUUAAGGCUGCUUGUCAUUAUGAUAGCCGCAUAUCUCUUGUAGCUGUACAAUGUAUACAGCAAUUCAUUGGUGAAAUUCUACAACAGAGAGAAGAAAUGUUAUAUUUUUCUUUUAACGAAUCUUUGUUUAGAUCCUUUGAAUCUAUUCUGUCUAUUAAUUCCAGCAAUAACCUACUUCAAGAACGGAUAAUACACGCUAUUCGUGAAUUAACUGAAAUGUACGUAACUAAUGUUCGUUCGGGAUGGAAACCGGUAUUUUCUACACUACGCUCUGUUAGGAUAUUUGAUGAACAACAUGAUGGCUACCUAAUGAUUAAGACAUCUGAUCAACAAUCAUCCCCUGUAUUCGAAAUUAUUGCUUCAUUUUUUAAUAAUGAGGACCAUUGCAUUUAUGCAAACGCAGCUGUUGAAUGCACUUUAUGUUUAAUUAAAUUUCUUGUCUGCGAUACCAAAGAGAAACUUGGAUUUGAUGCUUGCGAACCAGCAUUAAAAUAUAUUAAAUUAUGCUGCAAAAAACUACGUUCAGCCUAUUUACUAACGUCAAGGCCUGUUUUUACUGGUGCAGACUCCAUCAUUUUGCCUAACGAUCCUUCGUCAGCUAACCCGUCUGAUUCUAUUUAUACCACUCAGGAUUUCUUACAAAAAAUAUUCUCCGAUGAUGGUGCAGCUAUAACUGAUAUUGCUAUAGUAAAUUUACCAGCCAGUUAUACUAUUCUCAAAACAGAUGAUACAGGUAUUCUUCGCGUUUGGUAUUUGUUACUUGAAGGCCUGACAAGUGCAGUUGUAACCUGUCCGCGUAAAUAUCAACCGCAAAGUCUAGAACUUUUAUUCAAUCUGUUUAAAGAUAUCACUUCCGUACCCGGCCCGCAUUUUGGUAUUUUUGCCAUUACUCAUCUACUUUUGCCAAUGAUUCAUGCAUGGAUGCGCCAUGGAUUAAAUCAACGUCAAUAUUGGCGAGAAUGUGAAGGAAAUUUUAAGCAUGCUUGUGGCUUAGCUACAGAUCUGGUUGAAGACCAAAUUACUAAGUUCUUAAAUGAUAAAAGAGCUGCUGAAUUUGUACCGGGAUUAAUCCAUCAAAUGAUAAAUCUUCUUACGGACUGUAUGGCACAGCCAACUGAAGCAAUAGCACGCGUUGGAUGUGCAUCGUUUAGGCACUUGUUGCUCGUUGUUGGGCCUAUUUUCACGGAAGAAUUAUGGAAUAUCGCUUGCAAAGGCAUUAGAAAUGCUGUGGCUGCAACGUUAUACAGCACAACACAAAUGCUUUCUUCAUUUGAGCCUGGAUCCUCAAACAUACAUGGAGAUCAUGAUACAGUGAAAGUUUUAGCCAGAACGGAUAAUACAAGAAUCGAGCAACAAAGGAUUCAUCAACUAGCAGAUCAGGUAUUUUUAACCGAAACACAACUUGCUCAAGGAUUGAAUACUAAAGUCAUGGUAGACUCUCAAUCAACAUCGGAAGAUCGUAAAUCCUUUUCAUUUCUGUUAAUCCCUGCCCAACCUGUUCAUGAAGGGACCGAUACGAAUAACUCGCAGGAAGAAAUAAAAAUACCAUUUAACAGUUUACUUGUUGGAUUGUUAUCCCAUCAGCUCAUUCUUGAAGUUUUUGAGUGUCUACUAUUGGAUACAUUGCCAAAUUCUGUUCACAUUCCAAUUAAAUCCUUAGCAACAAAUAGAAGGCCUUCUACAUCUAGUGAUACAAACGAAAAGCAAAAUACCAAUCAAGACCGUAAAGUUGGUCUUUUGCAGUAUCUUCCGGUUCAUAAUUUGUCUGUCUUGCUGGAUUGCUUAGUUAGCUCUUAUACCAUAUCUUGUGAAUUUAAUUCUCGACCUGCAAUUCGAUUUAUGAUCCAAAAAUUAGCCAAAUUACCAGCUUUGGCUAAUUUAUAUCGUCAAGCUAUUCGAAGCUUUACACUAUAUGUAACGACAUUAUUUAAGAUUUAUGAUGAUUGCAGUUAUCCAUUUUCCCCUGGUAAAGUGCGUCGAAUUAUUAAGAAGAAAAUUAUAUACGGUCGACAUAUUGGAAGCGGACUAAAAAGUACAACAAGUAUUGACGAGGAUGGCCAAAGUAGCAUGGUAUCGGAUUAUCUACCGUCAGAUGAUCAGUUCAAUCUAUCAAAUCAAAUCUCUGCAAUUCAUUCUAGGAGUGAUCGCGACCCGGUGGAAUCUACUUAUACUAGCACCUCUACUACCAUAAGCGCUAGUCACACUACCGCAUUAGGACGUCGUAAACUUUUUGGUUGUAGUUUUAGUGAAGACAGGACAUCGAUUCAUAGUGGUUAUAAAGGUGAUGAUGAGGUAUUUAGCGAGAUAAAAGGAAAUCAUGAUGGUGAAGAGGAUGAAGACAGGGAUAAUAGCUAUUUAAUUAGUAUUAUCCAUAGAAUCCAUAAUGCUUGCUGUCAAGUUUGCGCAUCCUAUAUUACAUUGCAUAGCAGCGAUACAACCAAGCUACCACUGCUUGAUACUCAAUUAGAUUAUUUAGAUUAUGUCAAAGAAAUUUCAGUUGAUGAUUCCAAUCUUAAGAGAUUGAUCUCAAAAUAUAGUGAAGAACAAAAUGAAUCAAGUAAUCAAGAACAUCGUAUAUAUCGUGUUGAAGAUCAGCAAUCACAACACAGUGGUGCAACAACACCUCGCAAAAGUAGUGGUGAAAAAUUUACGGAAUGCGAUAAUGUAGCAAUCGGUGCUUAUGCUACCCUUGUUAAAACAAUGCUUAGGUUAAUAUUAGGAUUACCUGAUGAUAAAUUUAAAGCUAUUUUACCUGCUGUCUUGCCAGCAAUCAAUUUACUAAUACUCAAAGUUAACGAAAGCUCCGUUCGACAGAGCGUUUAUCAAAUUAUUUGCCGUGUGACUAUUCUCUAUGGUAUAUGUUGA